AUGAAUCCACAAAAGUUCUUGUCGGUCUUCGCUGUUAUCUUGACUCUAUCAGCAUGUACUGCUCAACUGGGUGGUAAGAAUGACAUCCGGGAACAUAAUAACAAGAUCUACUGUGGCAAAAAACUAGCCAAGGUCAUGGCUGCCAUUUGUUAUACGGAAGAAGCUGUCAAACGCAUUGAGUCUGCUACUAUGAAUGACGCAAUCCUUAACCCCUACUACAAGACGCAAGACGCAGUCUACGGGUUACCAUGGGUAUUGCCGCAGAAAGUCCAAGGCAUUGGAUCUAUGGCGUCUCACUUCAAGGGCAAUAUAUAUGCAAGCAUUGUUGCUGAAUGCUGCGAGAAGCCUUGCAGCUUCGACGAACUCUUGAAUUAUUGUUAA